AUGGGGUCCUGUGUUGGACUCAAAUGUGCGGGCAUUUCUAUGGACACACUAGUCCCGGAGCUCGAUAUAGCCAACAACUACACGGGAAUAACAUAUUGCACAGAGUCAUGCGGUGGAUGGGGAUGCUCAUGUGGAUUCCCUUCUUCGGGAUGCCUGUUUUAUCGCAUUUACCAUGUUCCCGUGGACGACGAUGUCCAUGAAGUCUUUCAAUGCUUAUCAUGGUAUGAAACAAUCAAACUCAAAAUAGAGCAACAAGACCGUCAACACAAUCAAAGAACUUUCACAGGAGAAAUUAAACCCUAUACAUACCGCACGAUGGGCGAUAUCAACAUAGAGGUUACCUCUUUCGCCUUUUCCCAUCACCCUCUACUGUCCAAACGAUUCUUGUCCAAUAACAGGACAACUGUAUACCUCGAUGACGAUACCACAUUUACUUAUGCCUGCACGUCAAAACCUUCAAUUUCAAACACCUCAAUCAACAGUUGCAGUAUACAGGACACCUGUAAAUGUAGUUCGGCGGAGGAUACAGUUUCGUGCUACUGCGCGCACAACGAUAUCCAGCAAAUACGACACUUGUCAAAAACAUUACCACUACCGCUCCCGAACGGGAUCAUAAAGGCCGGACCCAAAAAUGUACCGUUGAGCUGGCCAUACAUGUCCCUUCCAUCGGUACUUCAAGUAGAACGCGAAGUAAGGCAAUUCACAUGUAACGUUGUAUCAACGACCCUCACAGGUUGCUACAACUGUUACAAAGGAGCGGUCGCGCUAAUCGACUGCACAGCGGAUGUACCGCAAUCAACAGCACAAGUAACGUGUGGAAUACGUCAGUUUGUGCUUACCUGUACGCGAGAAGGAUAUAAAAAUCAUGUCAAACUGUUUUUCAACCGGGCGCGAGUCCGCGAACAAUGCCGCGUCCAGUGCGGUUCUCAAGUCAUCAUCAUGGAACUCCAUGGAACUCUCAAUUACAUUAACGGCAUAAGACCGUUCUGGAGAUACACUACAUUAGGGAAUCAAACAAUAUGGCUGAUCCUGCAGAUGAGCACAACAUGGAAGAAGAAGAAGGCGACAUCCCUGUGGAACCAGGAGAGGCUGAAGGCGAGGCAGCAGAUGAGAACUCAAGCUCAAGAACGUCAACAUCAAGCACCGCCAAUUCAACAUCAAGCUGCUGAAGAACGUGUUCAACGCGUCCACGAUGAAGAGGUGGAGGCCAUCCACAGGAAAGUUAACCGUAUUCUUGGCAGAACCGACGAGAUACAUUCUAUCAGGACACAUGUGCUCAGCAACUACGUGAGUACCCUAUUUCUCCUUCUUUUAUUUCUCAGUUUUUCAAUUUAUUUCUUCCACAAUUUUCCACUUUUUCAACUUCAAUGUCCUAUUCGUGAACAAAAUUUCGUUAUACAUCUACAUUUUCAUUUCUCUUUCAAAUCGAGGGCACAGUUCUUUCGAAGUUUUGACAUAUUUAAAGUGCGGAUUUUAAGAAAACACCGCGUUCGGGCAAAAAAGUCAAAGGGGACCAACCUCCAUCGCGACCAGCGAAACAGCCUAAAGUUGUUCGGCGCUCAGAGGUAUUCCCUCAGACGUAUAUAA